UUAAAAUUGCAAAACUGAUGUCGCAACGUUUGCAAAUAAUACGCAAUAAUAAAAUAUUGUUGUUUAAAAUAGAACAAAAACACUCUCUAAAUUUAUCUUAGGUUUUAUUAAAGUAGUAUAAACUUUUUGUAGAUAAUAUUGGAUCCGCGGUACGCAGCACGUAGCAGUGUUCGUCGUGUGUUGUGUUGUGAAAGGUCACACGUAAACGUGGUACAUAAUUCCGUCGCCGGAAUUUUGCUGAACGUGGCAAUUUGAGGUUGAAACGAAUAAGACUACUUAAGCCCUGUUACUAAGUGCGAUACCAUUGUCAAAAACAUGUCAAGUCCGGGCAAGAGUGAAUCCGAACUAAAAGCGGGUCAUCCUCCAGCAGUUAAAGCGGGAGGUAUGCGAAUUACUCAACAUAAAACUCAUAAGGAUCAGACGGGAUUUUCAGAAGAUAUUACCGGGUUAAAGGUCUCUGGAAGUCCACCCAAGGUAACAACAAUUUCUGGUGCUAUUCCAAGGGGAAACGCCGAUUUUCCUACUGAGGCUGUGCAAAGUUUUCAUAAGGAUAAACCACCAGCGCAACAUGCUUCUAAACCUAUUAUAAAUAUCCAACAACCAAGGAAAUAGUUGAGUUGAUAUAAAAGGGGAUAAGUCUUGCAAUUUAAAAAUUUAUUUUUUAUUAUUCAUUAAAAUAUAUGAUUAUUUUUCUUUUGUUUGCUGAGGGUAUAAGGGAUUAUAAAAACCAGGAAAAUCAAUUUUUGCUAAAAAAAACAAACCAUGUAUGCAUUUAUUAGAAUUUUAAUAAAACUUGUUAUUUAACAAAAAAUAACAUGCGCUAUUUGU